AUGAAACCCGUGAAACAUGACUAGGUUUAUCGUCGAGUGGUGUACAAUCUUAUGCGAUAACACUUAAGAUGCGCCUUAUCUCAGCCAGAGUAACGACUCAUAGAUAUCACAUGGUACAGCUGAAUGACUAACAGUUUGCAGUUAAGUAGGUAGUUGGUACUAGUGAACACGACAGAAAUGUGUCGUUUACUACUGGCGUUAGCAUUAACAUGCUUGCUAUACAUAAACGUGCACACCACGGACACAAACUACAGAUUGAACUCACCACUAAUCCCGUCUGAUUAUCAGAUCUUGAUCACACCGUACUUCGAAACUGGGGACGCGAGACAGUUCACCUUUGACGGUACUGUUAGCAUCCAAUUCAUCCCUAGUUCCACAACGAACGAAAUCAAACUUCAUUCUGAAGAUUUAAUCUUCACGGCUCAAGAUGUUGUCGUCGCUGUAUUCAAUACUGGGAACACAAUACCUCUAAAUGCCAACAAUCCUUUAGAGUUUAACACCAAUUACACCUUUGCUUACAUCAAUUUGGUUGAAAACUUGCAAACUGGAGUUCAAUAUAUUCUGCAGAUCAAGUACCAAGGACCUAUUAGGUCGGAUCUGAAUGGAUUCUAUAGGAAUUAUUAUUUCCAGAAUGGUGUCAAAAAAUGGCUCGGUGCAACUCAAAUGGAACCGACUCACGCUAGGAAGGUGUUCCCUUGCUUCGAUGAGCCGGAACUUAAAGCGACAUUCGUAAUAGGGAUUGAUCGUCCUGCCCACUACCAGCCUUCCUUAUCCAAUACUGAUAUUGAACGAAGAGAAGUUUUGAGCAAUGGCUACAUUCGGGAAAUAUUCUACCCAACCCCGAGGAUGUCGACCUACUUGGUUGCUUUCCUGGUCUCCGAGUUUGAAGCAGCUGCCUCCAGCUUCAAUGGGACCAAUGAGUUUGGAAUUUAUACUCGACCAGAUGCCAAGAACCAGAGUGACUACGCUUUUGAAUUCGGAAAGAAAGUUGUGGAUGCUCUCGGCAGCUAUUUUGGGAUCAACUACUACUCUACAAACAGUCAUUUGAGACUCGACCAUGUCGCGUUAAUCGAUUUCAGAGCUGGUGCUAUGGAAAAUUGGGGUCUUAUUAAAUAUAGGGAAUCCCUGCUUUUGUACGUUCCUGGUCAGUCUACACCGUACUUCAAAUACCGAGUGGCACAAAUCAUGGCUCAUGAGACCACACACAUGUGGUUCGGAAACCUGGUGACCUGUCACUGGUGGAGUAACACAUGGCUGAAUGAGGGCUUUGCUAAUUACUUCCAGGACUACAUAACUUCAUUUGUGGAUCCUUCCGUCGGAGCAGGGAAUCAGUUGGUGAUAGGAUCUGUCUACAGUGCUUACGAUGCAGACAACAGUCCAACUUCACCACCAAUCACGAACAUCGCCGUCAACUCUCCUUCAGAAAUCAGCGGCCAUUUUGGAACGAUCACUUAUCAAAAAGCUGGUUCUGUAAUUCGAAUGAUGCACCAUCUAAUCCAGGAUGAAGCAUUCAAAUAUGGACUUAAUUAUUACUUGACAAUGAACUCAUUUAAUUCCGGUUACCCGGAAAAGUUGUACGAAGGUCUUCAUCAAGGGGUUCAAAGAUACAGUGCAUUAUCAUCUUUCCCGGGUCAUAACAUUUCUGAAGUCAUGAACUCUUGGAUAUCUCAAGCUGGCCACCCUGUAGUGAAAGUGACCAUUGAUUACAGUACUAGCGUUGUUACUUUAACGCAAAAACGCUACUACGUAAACUCAUCCAUAUCCUCAAACGAGACGUACAAGAUUCCCAUCACAUACACUACACAAAUGGCUCCAGACUUCGAGAAUACUAGACCAGUAUUUAUAAUGGAGGAUCCAACAUUUACACUCACGAUUUCCAACCUUAGUAGGGAACAUAGCUGGGUCAUCUUCAAUCUGCAAGAAACAGGUUUGUACAGAGUUAACUACGAUGAUCACGCAUGGAGUAUUAUAAUAUCAGCUUUAAAAGGAGAUGACACCACAAAAAUACAUCCUCUAAAUCGUGCUAAGAUUAUAAACGAUCUCUUUGCCCUGGUGUAUGCUGAUGAAGUUCCAUUCUCAACGCUCUCCAGUGCUUUAGACUAUCUGCCAUUAGAACCUGAGUACCCUGGGUGGUUCGCUGCUUUGAGAGGAUUUAGCAAAAUAUGGCAUUUCUACUUGGGAGAUAACGAAGUGCUACCACACGUUGAGUAUUUCAUACUGCGGCACUUGGAGUCUGGUAUAUCAAGAUUAGGUUACGAAGAAAGGUCUACAGACAGUCUCGAAGACCAGAGGAAUCGCAUGCAGAUAUUGGAGUUUGCUUGCAAAUUGGAACACAGUGGAUGCGUAGAGAAAACUGUUGAGCUAUUCAGGGCUUUAAGACAAAAUGGCACCGAGGUGGCACCAAGCUUGCGUCCUGUGGUAUACUGCACUGCUCUUCGUCAUGGAUCUGCUGAAGACUACGACUUUCUCUGGAACCGUAUGGUGAACACUAAUAUAGCGAACGAGGUCUGGGUUAUUGGAGACGCCUUGGGAUGCACUUCCGACGAAAACAGAAUGAGAAGUUACCUGCUUUCAAUGACGGUAGAAAACAGUCCAAUAAAGGUUCAAGAUUUGACAGUACCAUUGACGAGUGUCCUUAGGACGUAUGGCAACCUGCACGUCGUCAUGGAUGCUUUGAAAUCUAAUUACACGUUGUGGAGCUCUAUAUACCCAUCAAUGGAUACUGUUUUGAGUACUGUUGCAUCGGCUCUCCACACUGAAACUGAUUUUAAUGAGUUCGAAUCCUUCCUAUCGUCUUGCGAUGUCUGCACAGAAGCCUCGAAGACCUCUGGCCGUAAUGCUCUGGUGCAGGCAAGAGCUACUACAGCUUGGGCUAAAACUCAUAAGGCUGACAUAUUGAAAGUCAUCAAAAGUAAUUCCAUCAUGGCGGUCCCAUCUGUCAUUCUAAUGCUAUUAGGGUUGGUUGUACUCCUUUUCAAAGAAUAAUGUGAUAAUAAUUAUUACCUA